AUGCAGAUAGAUGUGCUCAGUCUGUAGAAGAGCUUCCAGUUCCACACCCAAGCAAUUCAUCGUUUUCCAGGUCAACAGGUUUGUGGUGCCUGUAUGAUAAGUUAUAUUGCAUUUUUGGCACAAUGUUGAUGCACGAUUCAGCUCUAGAUGUUGUUUUCUCGAUCUAGUAAGUUUUAAUUUAUGUGGGAGUUCAAGUUUUCAGUGUGAUUAAGUAAUAUAUGCAGAUCAAAGUUUAUAUGCAAGUAUGCUUAUGAAUUAUUGGCAAGCUAAAAGAUAAAUUGUUCUAUGAUCAUAAGGAGUGUGGUUGUUGUUAAAGCGGUGUAAAUGGUUAAAAAUUGCCUAUGUGGUGAAUUAGGCAGUGAGUAAGCAUAAGGCUGUAGCUUGCUACUUCUAAUGACCCACCUGCUUGUGGAAAAAAAUAUUGUCUAUGUACUUUCAAACUACCACCUUUUGCAUUUGGAGGGGAAGGGGCAGGUAAAUAGAUUUUUCUAAGAUAUUCUAUCUCUAAGGGUCACUGUCCAAAGAAAUCACCUGUGGUCAGAUUUUAGCAGAGCUCGCAGUGAUUACUACUCUCCCUUGAACACCAUCAAAAUUACUUUUAGUGGCGAACCAGCAACUGAUGAUGGUGGACCAAAACGUGAGUUCUUUUCAGGUGGGCAGGUUCAAUUUCUAGAGAUUGACUUGGGAUUAAUAUUUAUGUUGCUUUUUUUUUGUCUUCAGUAAGAGGGUUGAUUUUCUGGAUGAUAAUAUCAUUAUGAUAUUGGCUCCCACGGCCCCCACCUCCAACCCCCACCACCGUUUUAUUGAAAGAUUUCAAGUUCGUCAUGUAGGAUUUUUUUAUUUUAUAGAAAUGAUUGAAUACUGUAGAAACAGGCUAUUUCCUGAUGGGUUCCCAACAAAGUCCAUGUUAGCUGUGACAAGAGAUGACUUUGUCACCGCUGGGGAAAUGAUGGGCGCAGGUGGAAUUGACUGAUGCAUAAGAUUCAAACACUUAAUAGUUGGAAACCAUUAUACCUUAACUCUUGCUCAUAGCUGAGUAGCUGAGCUGCAUUUUUUUGUUCUGUUUUUCUUUUUAAAUGGUUUUCCUUUGUAGACAUGUACAUGCCCACCUCUUUAUGUGACAGGGUAAUGUAAAAUUCUGAUGAAGUCAGAUGACUGCAAGGGAAAAAUUUACUUUCUUUUGCAAAAGCAAAGCUUUCUUUCCCCUUUAUAGGGCAAGAUAACAAGUUUUUUGCUCUCAGGGAAGUUACAGUAAAAUUAUAAUGCACUCUAAAUCUUGAUGAAUCAUUCCACUAACCCCGGGUAGACCACACAACACUGCCUUGGUAAAAUAAUGGUUUGUAUCCAGGAGUCAAGUGUGUUUGUGUUACUAAUGCCUUGUAGCAAUUUAUUUAUAUGAAAUUACGUUAAAUGGAAGAACAGUAAUAGCAGUUUUGUUGGCAUUUUUUUAAAAUGCAAAUAAGGGACCUUUUGCUAAAUGUCCCAUUCUGCUAAUUAAAAAUUUUAUGUUCCAAGGAGUAUUUGGCUGAUUUUAGUUUGUUCUUGUUCUUUUACAGAGCAAUUUGUAUGCAUGACCAAUCUCCUACAAUAUUGUCUAGCAUCUCCAAACUUGAAGAAGGAUUGAAGACCUAUGGCCUCUUAAAGUCAAUAAGAGAGCACCCAGCACUGAUAUGGGAACCAGUGUUUGUCUUAGGAAGUGCCCCCAGUUUAACAGCUACAGCUUUUCUUAAUGAGCUGCUUGUGGAUUUCAGUUUGUCUGAUGUUAAGAAACAAAAGGAGAUAGAUGUAUUCUAUCAUUUUACCAACUACAUACAAUCACUCAAUACAGAUGGUUUGCAAACAACCUUGAAGUGUGCAGUUGGAUCCAGUACUAUUCCAUCACUGGGAUUACUCAAGAAACUGUCUAUACAGUUUCUGCAUGGCUGUGUAGUUGGAUGCCGAUGUCGGCCAACCACAUCCACAUGUGCUCUUAAAAUUACCCUGCCUGUGCAUCUUGACAAUGCAGAUGACAUGAAGAGUAUCAUGGGUUCAGCUAUAGCUGAUUCAGAGGGCUUUAGUUUGGUUUAA